CAAUUUCCGAACCUGCCUGCCUAGCGGAUUCGCUUGCAAUAAAGUCUACUCAUACUACCUACGGAAAACAAAGUGUUUAAUUUUUCGACUGUCCGGAGAGCAGCAUCAUUCACAUCAGAAGAGAAACCCAACGCCCGCGCUCGUCUAUCGCCAGACACCUCGAACCACAAUAGUCAUGGUGUCAGUAGACCGUCAGCGCAUCAUCGAGACCAACCGGUCUCUGCGUCUCAUCAAAAAUGAACUAGAAUCCCUCCUCGAGAAGGGCAUCAUAACAGACGACGCCUUUGACAGCAUCACCUCCCUCCUCCCCGCUGAAGCCAGUCUUUCCAGCACAUCCUCCACCCCCGUCCCAGCCCCGCGUGCUGCUCCCGCACACGCCGCCGCUGCUGCUCCAGCCGCCCAACCUCAUGCUACCACCACCGGCGGCGGCGUCAGCUCCAUCGCCGCGCGCUUCCAACAGAACCCUCCUCCAGCCGUCACCUCCGCCGCCAAUGCCUUCUCCAACCUCUCUCUAAACAACAACAACAACAACAACAAUAACCCUUCCCCAGCCCCAACUCCGGCCGCGGCACCCCCUUCAUACUCCCAAUCAACCAACAACACCACCGUACCCCCCUUGCCAGGCCGCUCCCAACCACCAACACCCGCCGUAGCACCCCCCACAAAGCCGGUCAUAGCCCACUGCAAAGCCCUGUACAAAUACGACGCCUCGGACGCGCGCGACUGCUCCUUCGACAAAGGCGACAAGAUCCAAGUCUACGAGUACAUGAAUGCCGACUGGUGGAUGGGGCGGUGCGUCCGUACAGGGCAGGAAGGCAUCUUUCCCAAGAGUUAUGUGGAGGUGGAGGCGGCGCCUGUGCAGAGUACGAAUGCGUGGGAGGGUCCACACAACGAGAAGUCUGGAGGAUAUCCGGGAGCUGGGGGUUACGGUGCGGGUGGUCCUGGGUAUGGACAGCCGGCGGGUAUGUACGGCGGGGGAGGAUAUGUGGCGCCCCCUCCGGGACCACCGCCGGCUGGACAGGGACAGGUCUAUGAUCCUAACGCUCCACCGCAGGGGGAGAAGGAAGAGAACAAGUUUGAGAAGCAUGGGAAGAGUAUCGGAAAGAAGUUUGGUAAUGCAGCGGUCUUUGGAGCGGGUGCUACGAUGGGCGCUAAUUUGGUUAAUUCCAUCUUCUAAGGGGUGGAUAGGGCAGAGGUUGAAGGUGGUAAGACCAGGACUGCUAUUGAAAGGUGCGAAGAGUUAUCACGGCGUUCCAUUCACCUUUUCUUUAUUUAGACUCAUCUUCAUAUGUGUGAGGCGUAGAGCGAGAGGGAUUCGGUACUCUGCAGCUACUGGAGAUAUAACAAAACACAACUGUUCAUCACAUAUCUUCAAACGACACCGCAUGUCAUACACACUCCCUCUCCUGUUACUAAAUGAGAAAGUUUCUAGAUACACCUCACACCACCCCAUCCUCGUUUACAGAUCACCAGAGUGCGACUGACCGACAUCCUCCCCAUCCAUAUACGGCUCCAACCUAGCCAUCAACUCCUCGACGCUCAUCUCCCCAACCUCCUCCUCUUCUUCCUGUUGUGCAUCACCACCAUGAUCCCUGCGCGGCGGAAUCAGCACGCUCGAAACAACAUGAAUGACGCCAUCCGCCGCCGGUCCAUCCAACACACUAGGGCGGUUAAAUCCAUUCACCACCAUGGUCGCAUGUCCCUUCCAACUCUUGAUAUCCACGCCCAAUCUCGCGUCCUCGCUCAACAACGUAGCCAAGUCGUAGUGGGUCGGCGGCGGGUAAUAGUUGUAAUCCGCAUCCUGCUGCUCAUCAGAGUCUCUUUUAUCAUCAUUAUCAUCAUCAUCAUGAUGACCAGAACCGGAGCCAGCCUUGUAAUAAGCAUCCGUAUACACCGUGUGCUCAGGAACAAAGUGAUACUUGAGUAUCGCCUUCAAGUACUUCUUCCCGGGUUCCGUGUUGAACAGGAAAGCGUUAAGAUGGGGGCCGAGACGGGCAAAGGCGCGGUUGCUCGGGGCGAACAAGGUGAGGCCUUUUCCUUCCUUUUUACCUCCUCCGUGAUGCUUCUUCCUAUUAUUAUCGUUAUUGUCGUCGUUGUCGUUCUCAUCAUCAUCAUGUCCAUGUCCCAACUCCUUGCCAAGUCCCGUCUUCUCCAGCGCCAGGGAGAAAGUGCUAAACAAACUCGGCAAAAGCGAUACCGCCUUGAGCGCGGGCGGAGGGGGGAACAAGAUGCCGUCGACGGCGUGGAUUAUGCCGUUGGAGGCGUAAAUGUUGGGCAUGAUGACGCGGUUGACAAAGUUGACGCGGAUGCCGCCGUGACCAAAGAAGGGGGGGCUGAUGGAGAGGCGAAGACGUUGGGGGCGGUGGUCGAGGAGGGGAGAG